AUGGAGGCACCGAGCUCGCCGCGUGAACCGUCCCCGCCUGCAGUGAUCAUUUCCACCGUGCCUGCGCCCGCCCCUGGGCCCAGCCGCAAACGCAAACACACUGCGAUCUCCCAAACAUUGCACCUUCACCUGCACCAUCCGACCCGGGCGCUGCGACGCCAACACCGGGGGCAGACAACGUCGUUCUGCAGACACGCCACAUCGACCUGCUCCCCCUACCACAACACGGAUCCGCUCUGCAACAACCGCCUCAAUUUCCGAUACACGCACGCAGGCCUCGCGCCUCUCGGCUCCGCGCUGCCCUUCCGCACCAUCGAGUCCGCCCCGACUUCGUUCCGCGUAUCAUGGGAGGACAGGAGUACGUUCGUCAAGGUCACGCAGGAUGGUCUGGGACUCAAAGCGCCCGUGCGGGAGGGGAAGUGGUACAUGGAGGUCAAGGUCGAGAUGGGCGGUGGGGAGAGGCCUCCGGACAGCCAGAAGCGCGAGGGCAGCCACAUCAGGCUAGGGUGGGCACGGCGGGAGGCCCCUCUCAACGGACCUGCUGGGCUGGAUGGGUACAGCUACGCCUUCCGCGACAAGACGGGAGAGAAGGUACACCUCUCCCGGCCACGACCCUACGGCAAGGCUUUCAAGUCCGGCGACGUGAUUGGGAUGUACAUAUCUCUCCCUGCCAGUCGACGCCAGCCGAACCGCAAGGACCCGUACGACCCCGCGCGCAUAAAGCGCGAGCGCAUCGCGAUCGAUUUCAAGGGGCAGGAGUACUUCGAGUCGUUGGAGUACACGCAGUCCAAGGAGAUGAUCGCGCUCAUGGAUGCCAAAAACAAGGCGAAGGCGAACAGCACCAGCUCGAUGCCUUCGUCCGCCACGAAGAAGUCCGCCACGGUGAAGAACCUGCCGUCGUCGGGCCGCGGCUCCAAAGCAGUUGUGCAGGAGCCAGCACCGAUGCGCCCCCUACCCACUCUCGGGUCGGACUCGUACGUCGCGUUCUUCGUGAACGGCGAGUGCCAAGGCGUCGCCUUCCAGGACUUGUACGACUAUCUGCCCCUGCGCGACCCCAAAGCGAAGGCGCACGAAAAGAAGAAGGCCACAAAGGACGGGUAUCGAGAACACAAGCAGAAUCCGUUCGACGACGGCACGCUUGGGUACUACCCGUUCAUCUCGCUGUUCAACGAGGCGAGGGUACGCAUCAAUCCCGGCCCAGAUUUCGAUUAUCCGCCUCCGCCAGACAUCGAUGCCGUCCUCGCAUCUGUUGACCCCAUGGACACGGACGUCAAGCCGUCGCACACGCCACAGACAUGGCGACCCAUGUGUGAGCGCUAUCUCGAAUUCAUCGCAGAGCAGAAAGCGAUCGAUGAUCUCGAGGAACAGGAGGCCCAAACUGGACAGCCAACUCAACAAAAACCAGAAAAACCGGCGAAGCCUGAGAAGCCUGAGAAAUCUGAGCAGCCGGAAAAGCCGGCAAAGCCUGAAAGGGCGACUCAAGAACCGGAUAAGGCUCACCUCGACAAGCUGGAGGCCCACCGAGCCAAACGGCGAGCCCAAGCCGCCAGACGGAGGGAGCGGAAAGCCAAGGAGGCGCAAAAGGAGGCUGAGGACAGGCGUCGGAAGCUUGGGGAGGGUCCAUCCUCGAGCACACGAACAAGCGUCCCCGUCGACGAUGCCUUCGCUGCUGCGAGCCAUGCAUCACCUGGCACCCCUUCAACGCCAUAUUUCCAACAUCUACCCAGCACUGCAGCCGCAUCCCCUGCACCGACGGCCGCUUCUGAUGUUCACAUCCCGGAGGUCGUCACUCGUUAUGAUCCAGCGCCUACAAUUCGGAAUACGAAAUGGAGGUAG